AUGCAGCUCAAGACCAAGGCUCAGCUGUCUGCCAUCCUGGGGCUGCUGCUUCCCACCCUGGCCGCAGCCGAGACCGUGCUGGGCAUCUUUGUCUUCCACCGCCAUGGAGACCGCACAGCAAAGUCUACUCCGCCAACCAAGCUGACGGCCCUUGGCGCCGACCAGAUGCACAGCUCGGGAGAGUACUACCGGUCGCUUUAUGUCGCCAGCAACGCCACCAGCCGCAUCGCCGGCAUCUCGUCAGACGUCGCCGUCAACUCGCAGCUCAACGUCGUCAGCCCCAUCGACGUCGUGCUGCAGAACAGCGGCCAGGCCUUCCUCCAGGGGCUCUACCCGCCCACCACGGCUGACAUCCAGACCCUGGCCGACGGCAGAACGGUGCAGUCGACGCUCGGCGGCUACCAGUACAUCCCCGUCAACUCCCUCACCACAGCCGCCACGCCCAGCGGUGCUGAGAAUGACGCUUGGCUUCAGUCCGGCAGCGGCUGCGCAAAGGCCGUCGCCAGCUCCAACUCGUACUUUGCCAGCCGUGACUACCUCGACACGCUCGAGAGCACCCGUGACUUUUACCAGAGCCUGAUGCCUGCUAUAAACCGCACCUUCAAGUCCGAUGCAGCCAACUUCAAGAAUGGCUAUGCCAUCUACGACCUCAUCAACGUCGCUCAGAUCCACAACGCAUCCUACCAAGGCCGCAACCUGAUGACGGACGCGGUCCUCCACCAGCUCUACACGCGCGCGAGCCAGCUCGAGUGGAACCUGGCCUUCAACGCCUCGGAGCCCGCGCGGGCCAUCGCAGGCGCGACGCUCGCGGGCCAGGCGCUGCGGUCCCUCAACGCGACGCUGCAGCGGCCCGCGUCCUCGCCGCGCGUCGAGGUGCAGUUCGGUGCCUACGCCACCUUCUCGUCCUUCUUCGGCCUGGCCGGCCUGCACGAGCUGGGCGCCGACUUCACCGGCAUCGUCGACUACGCCAGCAGCAUGUCGUUUGAGCUGGUCACGAACGCGUCCGUCCCGGCCGCCGCCGGCGGUGCAGCCGUCAGCCCGGACGACGUGAGCGUGCGCUUUCGCUUCGCCAACGGCUCCGCGUCCGCCCGGUCCCCGCCGCAGGCUUACCCGCUGUUCGGGCCCGGCGAGUCCCUGAUGCCGUGGUCGGCCUUCCGGAGCAACAUGGAAAGGAUCGCCGUUAUGGACACGGCGCGCUGGUGCGAGGUGUGCGGACCCGCGUCUUCUGGUUGCGCUGCCGGCGCGGUUGGCGCUGCUUCGGGCGGGAGCGACGGUACCAUCACCAAGGCCGUUGCCGGUGCAAUCGGCGCUUUGGUCACUCUUGGCUUGGUGCUUGUCACGGGUGGGCUUUUCAUGGGUGUCGGGGGUCUGCGGCUCGUCAAGAAGCGGGACUUGGUGCCCGCGCCGGCGUCUGACAAGAUGAGUGUUUGA